GACUUUGGUAAAUGCUAGAAUUGGUCAGUAGUAAUGAACCAUAAGCUGCUAUGAAUAUAUAGGCUUGUGUGGAUUUGAUGUAAAUUCUGUCUUUUUCUUGCACGUUACGUCUUUUCCAUUGGAUAUUUUUUGACUAACAGUCCAAGCUGCUGCCUUUACAUACAUUAUUCACUUCAUUGCUUCCUUAGACGUGCAGUUUAAUAGUAUUUAACUGUAAGAUUUCAGAUCGAUAUAGCUCCUUCUUUUUUUCCUGUUCAAUUCAGCUAAAGUGGACUGUCUGCUUGCUGUGUGUGUGUGUAAUAGAAGAGAGUAGAGAUGUCUUUGUUUCGGUGUGAAGAAGUUGCCCUGUAUCAGCUCUUUCUGCAGAGUGAGGCCGCCUACAACUGUGUGGGGGAGGUGGGCGAGAGUGGACUGGUCCAGUUCAGAGAUAUGAAUCCAGAGGUGAAUGCGUUCCAGAGGAAGUUUGUGAAUGAGGUGCGCAGGUGUGAAGAGAUGGAGAGGAAGCUGCGGUUUGUGGAGAAGGAGGUGAAGAAGGAGCAGCACAUUAAAGUGGCCAACAGUGUGCCUGACAACAAACAAGUCCCACAGGCGAGGGAGAUGAAUGAACUGGACAACCAGUUGGAGAAGCUAGAGAAUGAGUUGCGUGAGCUGUUGUCCAACCAGGAGCAGCUACAGAAGAACUUCCUGGAACUGACUGAGUUGAAGCAAGUGCUACUCAGGACCAGCACCUUCUUCCAGGAGGCAGACUCCCAUAGGUUCUCUUCUCCCGCCCAGCACGGGGGCAGACAUGAUGAGGAGGCCGAGGCACUGCUGGACCAGGAGAACGCGGCCGCCAUGCAACAGAGUGGGGGCGCAGGCACACUGAAAUUGGGGGUCGUAGCAGGUGUGAUCAAGCGUGAGCUGCUGGGUGCUUUUGAGCGGGUGCUGUGGAGAGUGUGCAGGGGCAAUGUGUUCCUCAAACAUGCUGACAUCGAGGAGGCACUCAUCGACCCAUCCACAGGCGACUCUCUGCGCAAGUGUGUGUUCAUCGUGUUCUUCCAAGGAGAACAGCUGGGAAAUCGGGUGAAGAAGAUAUGCGAGGGGUUCCGGGCCACCCUUUACCCCUGUCCAGAGCAGACUGGGGAGAGGAGGGAGAUGUUGCAGGGAGUGGAGGCACGCAUUGCUGAUCUGCAGGUAGUGCUGGACCAGACCCUCAGCCACCGGGCCAGAGUACUGGAGAGUGCGGCUGGACAGUUGCCAGUUUGGUUCAUGAAAGUGAGGAAGAUCAAGUCCAUCUACCACACUCUCAACUUCUUCCAAGUGUCCCAGAAGUACCUGCAGGUGCAGUGCUGGAUCCCCGUCACUGACAUCCCAAAGAUUCAGGCGGCACUGGAUAAGGGAACUUCGGACGCCGGAUCUAGCGUGCCCAGUGUGUUGACCCAGAUCCCCACCAAGGAGCAGCCGCCGACUUUCAACAGGACUAACAAGUUCACUGAGGGGUUCCAGACCAUCAUAGACGCAUACGGAGUGGCCUCAUACCGGGAAAUCAAUCCCAUGCCAUUCACGGUGAUCUCGUUCCCCUUCCUGUUCGCCGUGAUGUUCGGAGACUGUGGCCAUGGACUCAUCAUGGCGCUCUUUGCCGCUCUCCUCAUCUGGAAGGAGAAGCAGAUCAUCGCGGCCAAGAGCAAAAACGAGAUCUUCUCCAUGUUCUUCGGAGGUCGCUACGUCAUCUUCCUUAUGGGCGUGUUCUCCAUCUACACUGGAUUCCUCUACAACGACAUCUUCUCCAAGUCCAUGAACAUCUUUGGCAGCCAGUGGGGCAUCCCUGCCCACGUGGCCGAACAGCUGUCCACCAAUAGUGACCGGGAGAGUCUAGUGCAGCUCAUGGUCAACGACUCCUUCGGCUCCAACUCCCCCUACCCAUUCGGAAUAGACCCGAUCUGGCAGGUGUCGGACAACAAGCUGGACUUCCUGAACUCGUUCAAGAUGAAGCUGAGUGUGAUAUUGGGAGUGAUGCACAUGCUGUUCGGCGUCUGUCUCUCCCUCCUCAACCACACGUACUUCAACAAGCCACUCAACGUCAUCGGCGAAUUCAUACCACAGGUGUUGUUCCUGGGAGGUCUGUUCGGGUACCUGGUGUUCAUGAUCUUCUUCAAGUGGUUCGCCUUCGACUACAGCAACUCUGGAGUGGCGCCCCAGUUGCUCAUCACAUUCACCAACAUGUUCAUGCUGGGAAAGCCGGACAACUAUCUGUUCAGUGGACAGUACACAGUGCAGGUCAUACUGCUGCUGGUGGGGCUGCUCUGUGUGCCCUGGAUGCUCUUCUUCAAACCCAUCAUGCUCUACAUACAGCACAAGAACCCAGCCGCAUCGAAGAGGACCAGAGACAAAGGCGACUACAGCCAGCUGCCGCAAGGAGAAGGAGAAGAAGAAGAGGCGGAGAGGGGGAUGCAGGUGCAGUUUGCCAGCCCCUCAAAGAAGAAGAAGAAGAAGAAGAAUGAGAAGAAAAGAGGAGACGACCAGAGGGGUGCUUACACCUCAAUGGCAGUGCACAGUAGUGACAGUGAGGGCCAAGGAGGGGGAGGGAGAGUGGGAAGGGGAGGUGCAGGUGCAGAGUAUGAGUCGGACGAUGAGCAGUUGAUUGUGCCCCCUGUGGUUAUGCAGACUACCAAAGUGGGGCAAGGAAGUCACGGGGACAGUGAAGCAGAAGAGUUUGAGUUUGGCCAGAUCAUGAUCCUGCAAGCGAUCCACACAAUCGAGUUCUGUCUCGGCUGCAUCUCCCACACCGCCUCUUACCUCAGACUGUGGGCUCUCUCCCUGGCACACGCGGAGUUGUCGGAGGUGCUGUGGAGCAUGGUUAUGGCGGUGGGACUCAGUUCCGGUUAUGGUAUGUUGGGCUGUGUGAUGGUGGUGCCAGUGUUUGCCGCCUGGGCAGUGCUGACCAUAGCCAUCCUCCUACUCAUGGAAGGACUGUCUGCAUUCCUACACGCACUCCGUCUCCACUGGGUGGAGUUCCAGUCCAAGUUCUACCACGGGGACGGUCAUCUGUUCAUGCCCUUCACAUUCAAACACAUUGUUGACAACCCACUCGAGGAGUGAGAGAGGCCCGCAUUCCUACAAUACAAAUACACAAUUGAGAGAAAGAACCACUCAGCAAACGAACUAUACACAUUAGCUAUACACUCGGCACACAAGUAACUUGGAGUAGAGCGGCUCCAUCCACCCACAGCACAUUCAACUGACCACAAUCGACCUCUUAAUCAGAAGAGAAGAGAAGAGAAGAGAAGAGAAGAGAAGAGAAGAGAAGAGAAGAUACACAAACCAAAUAAACAUCACCACUGACUAACGAGACGAACUUGCUCACUAUCACCUUACUGGGGCUCCCAAAUGUGACUCAUACAUAGUCUUUAUGAUAAAUGUGUACCUGCCUAUAUUUCACGUGGCAUGCCAUCCAUUUUUACACUCAAUAUACUAUUGGCGCAAGAUUCUUUUGGCUAUACUUAUAGAAUCUGUUUCUCAUGCAAAUCGAUCAUUUCAAAUUAUUCCCACUCAUCGACUCUUUCUUUAAUAAUCUUGCAUGAAGUUUUUGCGUUAAUUCUAGAGCUCGUUAAGUGCAUUCAGCAUUUUAUGAAAGCCUAGAGUUUUGCACUUGUUAAUUACCACUGUGACAUUAGAUUUUCUAAUUGCAGAUGCUCUUUAUCUCUCUAACUAAUUAUCGCUGUAACUCAGUUUUAUCCGAAUCAUGCGUGUUGUAUUCAUUUACUUCAAUUGCUGCAAUCACGCAAUGUAAUCCUAACUUUUCAAAACGCAACCUUGAAACUAAAUAUUUAUUCUAUAUACUGGGCUACACUGUCUUUGCUAGAGAAUCUAAUUUAGGGGAAUUGAAUUUUUAUCUAUAGCAAAAAUAAUGAUAUGAAUGUAAAUUAUUCAAUUGAAAUAUAGCACAGUUUUCUUUUCACAAAAUGUAGUCUUUCCACAAACUGAUGGAGUGUUUCACAGACUAUUUGUGUGUAUUGAGAAGCGUUUUCCAAAAGUUUUUGUUAAGCAAAAAUUGAUUCCGUGCUGAAAAGGAAUAGUUUGAGAGAUGAAGGCAUCGAGUUCUGUUUGAUACUCAAUUUUUUUCUGGCAGUUUGACCAUUAAGUUUAACUGAGCGAAUCGACUUUUUGUCCUGUUCCUUUUUUAGCAUGAAUUCUUGAAAAUUGUUCCUAAUCAGUUUUGAUUUUUUGCUGAUGGACUUGUUGUUCCGACUUUCGAUACGAAAGUAACGGAAUAUUUGUGCUCGGGGUGGUAACGGUUUUUUUCCUCAGACAAAUUUCGACUUUUUAACUAGCCAAUUUUGUCGAAAUCGCUCAUUUCAAAUUAUUCCCACUCAUUGACUCUUUCUUUAAUAAUCUUGCAUGAAAUUUUUGCGUUAAUUCUAGAGCUCGUUAAGUGCAUUCAGCAUUUUAUGAAAGCCUAGAGUUUUGCACUUGUUAAUUACCACUGUGACAUUAGAUUUUCUAAUUGCAGAUGCUCUUUAUCUCUCUAACUAAUUAUCGCUGUAAUUCAAUUUUAUCCGAAUCAUGCGUGUUGUAUUCAUUUACUUCAACUGCUGCAAUCACGCAAUGUAAUCCAAACUUUUCAAAAGCAACCUUGAAACUAAAUAUUUAUUCUAUAUACUGGGCUACACUGUCUUUGCUAGAGAAUCUAAUUUAGGGGAAUUGAAUUUUUAUCUAUAGCAAAAAUAAUGAUAUGAAUGUAAAUUAUUCAAUUGAAAUAUAGCACAGUUUUCUUUUCACAAAAUGUAGUCUUUCCACAAACUGAUGGAGUGUUUCACAGACUAUUUGUGUGUAUUGAGAAGCGUUUUCCAAAAGUUUUUGUUAAGCAAAAAUUGAUUCCGUGCUGAAAAGGAAUAGUUUGAGAGAUGAAGGCAUCGAGUUCUGUUUGAUACUCAAUUUUUUUCUGGCAGUUUGACCAUUAAGUUUAACUGAGCGAAUCGACUUUUUGUCCUGUUCCUUUUUUAGCAUGAAUUCUUGAAAAUUGUUCCUAAUCAGUUUUGAUUUUUUGCUGAUGGACUUGUUGUUCCGACUUUCGAUACGAAAGUAACGGAAUAUUUGUGCUCGGGGUGGUAACGGUUUUUUUCCUCAGACAAAUUUCGACUUUUUAACUAGCCAAUUUUGUCGAAAUCGCUCAUUUCAAAUUAUUCCCACUCAUUGACUCUUUCUUUAAUAAUCUUGCAUGAAAUUUUUGCGUUAAUUCUAGAGCUCGUUAAGUGCAUUCAGCAUUUUAUGAAAGCCUAGAGUUUUGCACUUGUUAAUUACCACUGUGACAUUAGAUUUUCUAAUUGCAGAUGCUCUUUAUCUCUCUAACUAAUUAUCGCUGUAACUCAAUUUUAUCCGAAUCAUGCGUGUUGUAUUCAUUUACUUCAACUGCUGCAAUCACGCAAUGUAAUCCAAACUUUUCAAAAGCAACCUUGAAACUAAAUAUUUAUUCUAUAUACUGGGCUACACUGUCUUUGCUAGAGAAUCUAAUUUAGGGGAAUUGAAUUUUUAUCUAUAGCAAAAAUAAUGAUAUGAAUGUAAAUUAUUCAAUUGAAAUAUAGCACAGU